AUGCAGCGGCGUCAAUGUGUGGCAUUAUGCUUCAUCUUCAUGCUGGCGGGGGCAGAUGCGGUUCGCACCGUCGAGUCCGCGAACGUCAUGCACUCCGUGGCGCUCCACAGCGGCCGCCGGAGCUCGCAGAGCUUCGAGCGCACGAUGGCUGAUGGCCUGGAGGUUGCCGGCUCUGAGAUGAUCCCUUCGUCGGAUUCGCUAAUGAGCCAUCUGACUGCACUGAACACGAGUGCGCAGGAUGUGCAAGAUGGCAGAGGCUUUUGGCGAGUGAAAAACUGCAUGAUGACAUGCCCCCUGAUUUGGACGAAAAUUAUCUACCACUCUUGGCUGGCGAGAUCUGAUGCGAAGAAGAUCGUGGCUGACUCCUUCGCAGCCGCCGACGAUGUCGCCAUGCUGCCAACUGUGAGUCAACGACUUGGAGACUCCUUCCGUGGGACUCUGCGCAAGACCGUCUGGACGUUCCUCAAGGUGAUAGACGACAGCGUUGUCCAGCGGAUUUUGCUCGCUCUGUUCUUUGCACCGUUAGGUCUGUUCCGAGUCCUGACGAAGAUGUCUCCGCUUGGCUUGUGCUUCCUGAAGCAAGCGUGGAAGGACUUGGAGGCCAACGAAGACUACGAGCAGAAACACACAACUUGGUGGCGCUUCUUCCUGGCAGGAUGCCCCGACCAACAACCAGAGACGGCAGCCUUUGAAGACGAGGCGUCCACAAGCGAUCUCAUGGGGUCCAUGGUUUAUGCCUUGGCCAAGCCCGAUGGUCUGGAAAUGGAGGACCAGACAAUCAAAUGGGGUAAUGCUUCGACCCACGUGCAGUGCGUCAGGAAACUGAGCCGGGAAGGAGAAUGGUCCACGCGCCGGAUCAUGAUCGAAAGGGGCACCAUCACAUGGACCGCAGAUUCGAUUUGUAAAGAUGUCGGUGUCGUCGACCAGGUGCGGGAAUUCUUUGGCCACGAGAAAGUUUUCUCCCUGGAGUUCCUGACACAGCCUCCGGAGGGGGAUACUGUGGAGCUGUUCAAUGGCACGGACUGCAUUAAUUUUCAGAACCCGUACCGGCAGUUCACCUUCUGUGCAGAGCCAGGCUAUACGAUGCAGAAGGCGAAGCAAGUGAUGGACGAGCAUUUGGGCAUCCUGGGUGUCGAACACCAGCUUUUGCAGAUGACCGCCAAGGUGGAGAGGCUUAUUGUAGCCAGCGGCGUUGCGCAGGGCGACGAGCGGGCUGAGGAGGAAGUGAAGGAGUUGGCCCAAGGCAUGGAUGACUCAGGGGACUCCAGUGUAGAAGGCCUGGCAGUUCAGAUUGGCAACAUUUCCGAUUCCGAGGCACCCGAGGUCCAGAAAGCUAAGGAGAUUCUGAAGCAGGUGCAGAAGGGCUCGUCUCUUCUUGCUCUGGGUGAUGUUCACGGAGGAACUGCGCUUCUGCAGGAAGCAUAUGCAGCGGCCCACCGCCACAAGAAGCUCUCUGACAUCAUGCAUGGCAAGGUUACGAAGCUUGAUGCAUCCGUGGAAGAGCCCGGCGCUGCAAGUGCCGGGGCAGCUGGCGGCAUUUCGACCACGGAGCUCAUCAUCAUCCUCGCCAUUUGCGGUUUCGGGGCGCUUUGCAUCGGCAUUGGUCUCGCAUUCGCCGCUAACAAUUUCCUUGAGGUGGACUCUUUGGAAUCUAAGGUGCGAGUACUUAGCAACGUGACCCGGGCGCUGCCACUGCCCCACGUCACUUCUUUCUUCGCCCCAGCCAGUCGAUCUGGAACGCCCGAGGAGCUGAAGUACUUGGUGGACACAGCCCAUGGUCUUGGAAUCCAUGUGCUCAUGGACCUGGUGCACGCACAUGCUUCCUCCAACACUCUAGAUGGGAUUGCCCAGAUGGACGGCACUGACCACUGCUACACGCACGGAGGACCGAAAGGACAUCACAGCGAAUGGGACUCGAAGAUUUUCAACUAUCUGAAGUACGAGGUGCUUCGUUUCCUUUUGUCCAACGUGAAGUGGUGGCUGGAGGAGUACCAGUUCGACGGCUUCCGCUUUGAUGGGAUCACCUCCAUGCUCUACCACUCUCAUGGCAUUGGCAAGGGAUACACCGGCGGGUACCAUGAGUACUUCGGGCCAGACGCCGACAUUGACAGUCACAUCUACCUCAUGCUGUCGAACGACCUGAUCCACACCGUGGUGCCGUCCGCUAUCACGGUUGCAGAGGAUGUCAGCGGCAUGCCUACGAUCGGCCUUCCGGUGGAAUAUGGUGGUUUCGGCUUCGACUACCGCCUUGCCAUGGCCAUCCCAGACAUGUUCAUCAAGCUGCUGAAGGAAGUCGGUGAUGAUGGAUGGGACAUGGGGCACAUCUGCUACACGCUGACAAACAGGCGACACUUGGAGAAGGUGGUCGCCUAUGCCGAGUCCCACGACCAAGCCAUUGUUGGUGACAAGACCCUUGCUUUCUGGCUCAUGGAUGCUGCAAUGUACACAGACAUGAGCCUCCAUCAGAAUCCGCACCACACCAUGGCGGUGGAUCGGGGUCUGGCUCUGCACAAAAUGAUCCGCCUUCUUGUGCAAGGCCUCGGAGGUGAGGGCUACCUCAAUUUCAUGGGAAACGAGUUCGGCCACCCGGAGUGGGUCGACUUCCCCCGCCCUGAGAACGGCUGGAGCCACCACCACUGCAGGCGCCGCUUUGACCUGCCGGAGGACGACCUGCUUCGGUACAAGUUCUUCCAGAACUUCGAUGAACUGAUGAAUGCGCUCGAGAACCGCUUCCAAUACCUAUCUUCAGGGCAUCAGUACGUCACCCUGAAGCACAGCGAGGACAAGCUGAUUGUCUUUGAGCGAGGAGACUUGCUGUUCAUUUUCAACUUCCACCCAUGCAACAGCUACGAUGGCUACCAGCUCGGCUGCUGCUGGAAUGAACCUAUGCGAACUGUGCUGGACACUGAUGAGGGCCGCUUCGGAGGACACCAGCGCCUCGAGUAUGGACACGGAAAUCCCUUCCCCCCGAUGCACGGCAUGCACAGCCGCAAUCACUCGGUGAAGCUGUACGUCCCAUCAAGAACCGCGCAGGUCUUGGUGCGAGACAGCCUGGUGCAAGGUGGUGUGAAGAUCUGGGUUGAUGCGUCAUUCCUUGAAGCCAACGGCUUGGACAGUCCGGCCGGCAUGCAAAUCGCGCUCCAGGCAUUCAAAGACGGCAAGGAGGAGAUGAUGGACUUCGCGUUCAACUCCGAGGGCUGCGUUGAGCUUGGUCUCGACUUCGCCGCCACCUUCAAGGUUCUCCGGGCGGACGGCGAGGAGCUUCCUUGCAAGGCGUCCAAGGAUGGCUUGUACCGAGUUUAUUUCCCUGGCGACUACGCCGUGGCUGGUCUUGGCUACAUCAAGAACGGCAAAGGAUCGCGCCCGGCUGUCUCGCCUGCCCCAGUUAUUCAAUCAAUAUUGAAGCUAAGAAAUAUGAUAUAUUAUAAUGUAGUAUACUGA